GUUUAUUUGGCUUGCUUUAUAGAAGAAAUGCUAUAAUCAUGUUCAUGUGUAUUGAAAUAAUGUUGAAUGCAAUAAACUUAUUAUUAGUAGCCUUAUCUGUAUGGCACAAUGAUGCACAAGGACAAGUAUUUGUGUUUUUUGUUAUGGGCGUUGCAGCAGCAGAAGUGGUUGUCGGGUUAACCAUAUUGGUAAGUAUUGGAUUCUUAAUUCAUGUAUAUUCCAUUGGCUAUAUGAAAGAAGACGAGGGGUUCUCUAGAUUUUUUUCUUAUCUGAAUCUUUUUGUCUUUUUCAUGAUAACUUUGGUUUUAGGAAAUAAUUUACUUGUAACUUUUAUUGGUUGGGAAGGAGUUGGGCUUUGUUCUUAUUUAUUAAUUGGUUUUUGGUAUAAAAAUACAAAGUAUAACCAAGCAGCUAAUAAAGCAUUUAUCAUGAAUAGAAUAGUUUUGCAAAAAGAUAUAAAAAAAAUAUUGGCAUACUCUACAAUUUCUCAACUUGGAUUAAUGUUUUUAGCUCUUGGAUUGGGAGCAUACACUACAGGAUCUGUAAUCCAUGCCCUGCAUCAUCAACAAGAUAUUCGCAAAAUGGGAGUAUUUUUUACCUCUCAUAGAGGAACAGAGAAACAAUGGAAACAUGCUCAUGAAUCAUCUGCUUAUAUAACCAUACCUUUAAUUGUUUUAGGAAUUCUUUCAAUUGUGGGAGGGGCAAUUGGUUUGCCACAUUUUAUUAGCAAAAUUCAUUGGUUACAUAAUUUUUUAGAGCCUGUUUUUAUAGCUCAUAAAAAUAGUAAUCUUAUAGAAACCUCAGUUGAAUUAAAGCUAAUGGCUUUUGCAAUUAUUGGAGCU